GCUUGUGGAAUAACACCACAAUACAACACGCAGGAGCUGCAGCCACUCGGUGGUCUCCUGUAACCACCAUCAUCAUCACCACUGCUGACAUCCCGGGUGCCAGCUGAGGACAGUCACACUGGGAGGAGAGCGCAGAAGCGGACACCUGAGUUGGAGCACCGCAGCCAAAUUAUGGACUCCCCCUCAGACCUCUUCGACGACUCUGCUGGGCCGCUCCAUCAGCUUGCCCCCCCACUACGCUCCUCAGACCUGCUUGGUGGUUUUCCAGGUGGAGGUCGGCCACCGCUGACUGCCUUCAGACCACCCAGUUUCCCAUUCAUCCAGCAGCACCUCAUCCAACCUCAUGGAGCUCCGAGAAGGACCGGGGGUCCUCACCACGCACUAAACCCGCCACCGGCUUUACUCAGGGCGGACAAGAGAAAGCCAGAUGAAGACCAGGAUUUGGUGGCAAAUGAUGACCAGGUUAAAAAACGACCCACCACUGAGUGGAGUCAAGACCUGGCGAGGGUGAAGAGGAUGAAGCUCGAUGGUAGAACAGAGGAAGGGGAGGCGAGGCGAGGUGAAGGAGGCAGGGAGCUGAGGAAAAGAAGGAAGGAGGAGCUAAAGGAGCAGCUGGAAGAGGCGAGGGAGAGACUCCAGGCCCUGCAGGAGAAAGUGCUGAUGGCCUUUGGGGAAAAGAACAUGGAGGAGGAGGAGAGAAUGUUUGAUGAAGAGGAGGACGAUGGCGCAGGAGGGCUCACACUUCUCUCCACGUCUCCUUUUUCUAACUUCGACAGGCUGAGAGAAGAGAAGCAGAAAAACAAAGCAAAGGCGGAGACAGGAAGUGGCGGAGUGAUGGAGGGGGUGGGGGUCUGGCUGGACUGGGACGGAGACAUGGAAGACGAGGAUGACGACGGGGGGCAGAGGUUCGCCCAGGCUUUGAAGCUGCAGCUGGGCAGCGCGGUGGCAAGGGUCAUUGACCGCGUCCUGCGCCUUUACACCGAAACGUCCGAUUCCAGGCCUUCCUCCCCUCCGGCCGCCAUCUCCUACCUCCCGUCGGGAGAGGCGGAGGGCGGGCCAGGGGACAAGGGGGUGUGGCUGGGACUCUUAGCCAGAGUGGAGGAUGAGGUCGGAGGUCAGGAGGAGAGGCCUGGGGGGAGGAAGGAUGACGAAAGAGAGAAACAGAGAACGAGAACCUUGCCUCCGCCGAGCAGCGAGCAGACAGAUGUGGCGUUGCCGUUGGUCACUCAAAAGUCACCUGGCUUCCACAACGCCCGCCCACUUCCUGGCCCACCUUUGUCCAACCAGGCAAACCUCUCCCUGCAUCACCCCUCCUUGCCUCGCCCCCCGCUUCUCUCCCAUCCUCUCUUGCACCCAGCGUCCCAAUCCAAGGACCCGUCCUCGUCUUCCUCCUCCUUCCCACCUCCUCCUCCCCCUUUGCCCCUCCCACUCAUCCAUUACUCCAUGCAGCAGCUCUUCUCCCGCUCCCUCCACCACCCACAGAUGCCCCAUUUUCCGGCGUCCCGCAAGGACUUCCUCAACUCUGACCCCUUCUUGGAGUUCCACUCGCAUCCCUCCUUCCCCCCGCUGCCCAUGCUGGGUCACCUGGGCCCCGGCCUCGUACGCGGCGGCAGGGAGCGGGAGCGGGGGGUCCGGGGAGGUGGAGGGAUGGACGGAGGAGAUCUUUACUUGGCUGCUGGAGGAACCCAGGAGGGCUUGUCUCCUUGCCACCUGAAGAAAGCCAAACUCAUGUUCUUCUACGCUCGCUAUCCCAGCUCCAACACACUCAAGACGUACUUCCCGGAUGUCAAGUUUAAUCGCUGCGUGACCUCCCAGAUGAUUAAAUGGUUCAGCAACUUCAGAGAGUUCUUCUACAUCCAGAUGGAGCGUUUUGCAAGGCAGGCUGUCCGAGAAGCCCUCGCACGGGAUGGGGCCCCCUGCCUGGGCAGAGAGAGCCAGCUGCGAGUGGGCCGGGACACAGAACUGUAUCGAAUACUGAACAUGCACUACAAUAAAAGUAACAUCUACCAGGUCCCAGAAAGGUUUAUUGAGGUCUCCGAAGUGGCCCUGAGGGAGUUCUACUCUGCCAUUUGGACCGGGAGAGACAGCGACCCCUGCUGGAAGAAAGGAAUAUACAAAAUUAUCUGUAAACUUGACAGUGGCGUGCCAGAUGCCUUCAGAUUACCUGGUUGUCCAGUUGGCUGAGCAGACCAUUGUUAAUACAACCUAUUAGCACACAUGC